UUUUGUGCGAACGCGGUCCAAAGAAUCGUCCUGAUUUUCGAACUCCUAUGUUAUGCACGAUUCUCGCGAUAUUUUUUAAAUGAGUAUGUAUAGUUAAAUACAUUCACAGUUCACAAAGUUUAAGAGGAUUUUGUUUACGCAAAGCUGACAGACAGAAAACGAGAGAGAGAGAGAGAGAGAUGGAAAAAGGCAUUUAUAACAGUAAAUGGUAAUGGCGUAAUGCUAUGCCUGAUUAAAACCCAGAGCAGGGGAAGGAGCGUUUAUGGUAUGCUUGAAAUCUGAGGAAUGAAGGGGCUCAUGUUACGGCGAGCUUCAGAAACCAUGGGCCAUGGUUACCUUCUCUCUGCUCAUAUAAAUAUUCGGCAUCUCCCUCACAAGAAAAUCUAAAAUUUACUCUCUAUUUUCUCGUUUACCCCUUCAAGAUCAGUCAUGGUUGAGACCAUAUGGAUAGAGCUCCCCUCCACCAAGAACAGGGACGAGAACAACAGCAACAAAAGCUCGGAAUUUGCCUGCCAUUGGUGAAGCUCAGACGGUCUGGUAACCUGAACCUCCCAUUUUCAAUUUUGGGCUUUUGGGUCUGUAAAUCUCUUCGGCGCUUGCGUUGCAGAGUUCGAUUCUCGAAUGGGCUUUGCUUUAGAAGGGUAGGGUUUGAUGGUAUGGUAGUGAACAACUCUGUUUUCUGCGCUUCCCCUGAAGAAGAAAAAGUUGCAAUGGAGGGUGUGAUCGAGAAGAAUGAAGGAGCGGAAGAGAGGAAAGGAGAAGGAUCUAUUGAAAAUGGAAGUGAAAUUGGGGCUAUUGUGGGUUUGAAAGAAAAGGUGUCUCGGGAGAGCAGUUCGAGCUCGGAGUUUUUGACAUCCGAGGCGACAGGGAACGAGGAACAGAGCCCUAGCAGCUCGGAAGGGUCAUUUUCUCCCCCUUCCGUGGGUUGGCCUCUUGACAAGUCCGAGGCAAAUCAUUGUCGUUGUUCUAAUAUUGCUCAAGAUGCAGAGAAACCCCAUUUCGAUGAUAGGAGGUUAGAGAAACAAGGUUCAGCAAUUCCAGAGAUUGAGAUGAUGAAGGAAAGGUUUUCAAAGCUGCUGCUGGGAGAAGAUAUGUCAGGUUGUGGAAAUGGUGUCUGCACAGCAUUGGCUAUUUCAAAUGCCAUUACUAAUCUUUGUGCUACCCUGUUUGGGCAAUUGUGGAGAUUAGAACCUCUACCACCUGAAAAGAAAUCAAUGUGGCGUAGAGAGAUGGAAUGGCUUCUUUGCGUUAGCGAUCACAUUGUUGAGUUGAUACCCUCAUGGCAGACAUUUCCAGAUGGAAGCAAAAUGGAGGUCAUGACUUGCAGACCCCGAUCAGAUCUUUAUGUCAAUCUUCCAGCUUUGCAUAAACUAGAUAAUAUGCUUCUCGAAAUAUUGGAUAGUUUUGAAAACACAGAGUUCUGGUAUGUUGACCAAGGGAUUCUAGCCCCAGAUGCUGAUGGGUCGACCUCUUUCCGGAGGAAUCUUCAGCGUCAGGAGGAGAAAUGGUGGCUACCCGUGCCUCGAGUCCCUCCUGGUGGCCUCCAUGAAGAUUCAAGAAAGCAGUUGCAGCACAAACGUGAUUGCACAAACCAGAUACUAAAAGCUGCCAUGGCUAUCAACAGUACUACUUUAUCUGAAAUGGAAGUUCCUGAUUCAUACUUAGAUGUUCUUCCAAAGAGCGGGAAAACCUGUUUGGGCGAUCUUAUCUAUCGAUAUAUUACAUCAGAUCAGUUUUCCCCCGAACGUCUGCUCUGCUGCCUGGACUUGUCCUCUGAACAUCAAGCUCUAGAGAUUGCCAACCGAGUGGAGGCUUCAAUCUUUGUGUGGCGCCGAAGAACUGUAUCAAAGCCUAUAAAUAGCACAAACCGAUCUGCAUCAAAGUCCUCAUGGGAAAUUGUAAAGGAGCUAAUGGUUGAUGCAGAGAAGAGGGAAUUGCUUGCGGAUCGAGCUGAAAGCCUCCUGCUUUGCUUGAAGCAACGAUUCCCUGGCCUUCCCCAAACAACUCUAGACAUGAGCAAAAUCCAAUACAACAAGGAUGUUGGAAAAUCCAUUUUAGAGAGCUACUCAAGAGUUCUGGAGAGCUUGGCAUUUAAUAUUGUAGCACGCAUAGAUGAUCUACUAUAUGUGGAUGAUUUGACCAAGCAUUCAGAUCAAUUCUCCUCUAUCUCUAAAGUUGGUAUCAUUGCCCGCAAGAGUGUUUCAGUUUCAUACUCGGUGCCCAUCCCGAGCACCCCAUAUAAAACAGCUUAUACCACACCAAGCUUUUCACCAGGAAAGCUAGUUAAUCCCAGUAACGGAGAUCGGUCACCUUCAAUUAGCAGCAGCAAGCUGCCCCAUUGUGGCUUUGGCGUGAAAAAGGUUUUGACUGAUUAUCUUAAUAUGGAUAUAAAAGCGAACGAUUGUGGAAACCCUAUUGAAGGAUCAGAUCCAAUAGACGCAAUAUCAAACAUAAUUCAACGAAGACAGGAGUUUUGGAUGGAGAUAGAGUCCAUCGACUCUAGGAAAGAGGCUAUCAGCUCACCCACAAAGGACUCUGUUGCUGUGGAGGAAUGAACUGUGAAGUUUAGCCUGUCAAACUAAUUCUCUGAGGUUGUCUCUUGAACCUACUACAUGUACGUUUUUCACAGAUAUAGAAAGUGUAUUGAGAGUGGGGAAGUUCACCAGAAUAUUUAAAUCCUGUUGUGAACUAAUGCCCUAAAAUAUAAUUUUCUGUACUUGAUGUUUCAUGUGCACAUCUAUUAUAAUGUUCAAAAUCUGGGUUGAAUUUAAAUUCAAAAAUUAGUUGUGCUA